CUGAUAGGCGGCACUGAUUGGAAUGGUUAGGCGGCACUGAUGUGUACUGAUAGGUGGCAGUGACUGGCACUGAUAGUGCGGCGCUGACUGGAAGCACUGACUGGCACUGAUAGUUGGCACUGAAAGGUAUCUCUUAUGGGCACUGAUAUGUGGCAUUGAUGUGCACUGAUAUGUGGCACUGAUGGGCACUGACAGGUGGCAUUUUUGGGGACUGACAGGUGGUACUGAUGGAGCUACACUGAUAAUCAGGGCACUGAUGAGCAGUGUACAUAUGCCCUCUGAGGACACCGAUUGGCGUGCAUGCACAGCUGGAGUGGCAGGACGUCAUAUGACA